AUGAACUUCACCGUCGCGCAGAAGCCUGAGGGAUUACAGCAGAAGGCUGAGGGAUUACAGAAGGCUGAGGGAUUACAGAAGCCUGAGGGAUUACAGCAGAAGGCUGAGGGAUUACAGCAGAAGCCUGAUGGAUUACAGAAGGCUGAGGGAUUACAGCAGAAGCCUGAGGGAUUACAGCAGAAGGCUGAGGGAUUACAUCAGAAGACUGAGGGAUUACAGCAGAAGCCUGAGGGAUUACAGCAGAAGGCUGAGGGUUUACAGAAGGCUGAGGGAUUACAGAAGCCUGAGGGAUUACAGAAGCCUGAGGGAUUACAGCAGAAGGCUGAGGGAUUACAGCAGAAGGCUGAGGGAUUACAGCAGAAGGCUGAGGGAUUACAGCAGAAGGCUGAGGGAUUACAGCAGAAGCCUGAGGGAUUACAGCAGAAGCCUGAGGGAUUACAGCAGAAGGCUGAGGGAUUACAGCAGAAGGCUGAGGGAUUACAGCAGAAGCCUGAGGGAUUACAGCAGAAGCCUGAAAGAUUACAGCAGAAGGCUGAGGGAUUACAGCAGAAGGCUGAGGGAUUACAGCAGAAGCCUGAGGGAUUACAGAAGGCUGAGGGAUUACAGCAGAAGCCUGAGGGAUUACAGCAGAAGCCUGAAAGAUUACAGCAGAAGGCUGAGGGAUUACAGCAGAAGGCUGAGGGAUUACAGCAGAAGCCUGAGGGAUUACAGCAGAAGGCUGAGGGAUUAUAG